AUGGUCCCAAAGUUGGAGUAUGACGCACUGCUGAAGGCCCUGGGAGAGAUUCGAGACUGCAGCAAUUUCGAAGGCAUUGAGAAGCUGGGAAAAUUUCCGACCCUGCCGUUGGCCUUGCCUCCAGACCAUGAGAAGAAUGAGGAAUUCUUGAAGCAGUUACAUACGGUUCUCUUCGACUUGAACUUGAUCGAAGGUCAACUGGUCUGUCCUGAGUCUGGCCGUGUUUUUCCGGUGAACGAUGGAAUUCCCAACAUGUUGCUGAACGACGACGAGGUUUGAGCCAGAUCUGAAGAGGAUCGUGGAGAUCCCGUAGGACCUCCCUUGUGCAGAUUUGUCCAUGAAAAUAGUU